CUUCCUGGUCCGGUUCGGGCCAGGACCCACUUCAACUCAGUCGUUAACCGGAUGGACGAGUCCAAUUCGAAGAGUUACGGCGUGAUUGUCAAUAGCUUCCUCGAGCUGGAGGGCGAAUUCGCCGAGCAUUAUCGGGACUCGCUCAGCGGGCGAGCUUGGCACGUCGGUCCGGUCUCGCUUUCCCACAGGAUUGAGGAUCGAGAUCGCCGUCACUGGUUAAACUGGUUGGACUCAAAAGAGCGUGACGCGGUCAUUUAUGUGUGUUUCGGUAGCCAGGCUAACUUUUCUACGAGUCAACUUAACGAGUUAGCAUCAGGUCUUCUAGACUCGAAUCAUUAUUUUAUUUGGAUCGUACGAAAGGAAAGCCCGCAACUACUAUUGGACAGUGAAUUAUCAGAAAGCAACAAAGGGAUCGUAAUUAGAGGGUGGGCACCACAGCUGCGUAUUCUUAAUCAUGAAUCAAUCGGAGGAUUCGUGACCCACUGCGGGUGGAAUUCUGUGAUGGAAGGGGUGAGCACGGGUAAACCCAUGGUGACCUGGCCCGUGUUCGGAGACCAAGCGGUCAAUGAGAAGCUUGUUGUGGAUGAGUUAAAGAUCGGAGUCAGAGUCGGAGCUAGAAUAAAAGAUGAGAGCGAGAAAGAACCACCUUUAAUAAAGAGCGGAGAUAUUGUGAGAGCAAUAAAGAAAGUAAUGGGAAAGGAUGAGGAGGAGGUGAUGAGGAUGAGGAGGAAGGCGAAGAAGCUAGGAGAGGAAGCAAGAAGGGCAGUGGAGGAGGGAGGAUCAUCUUGGAGGGAGAUGCAACGUUUAGUUGAAGAUUUGAUGAGUUUAAAUAAGGAUUUGGUUACAUGAUCAUAGUUAGCCUGUUCGAGAUUUGCGCUUGAGUUAUACAGGUGAUAUUUAACACGAAAUAAAUGUAAGUCAUGUUUCUAUAAUGCUUCCGAAAGUGGUUCUUAUAAUUACAAUUAAUUACUUCUCUUUCUUAA